AUGUCAGUUUCUACCGCUGCUGCUGCUGCUGCUGCUGACGCUUGUUCGACAGAGAUGUCUGUCAGGGCGAUCGCCGCUCAUUUGAAAAGCAACCCCAGCGCUAAGGUAAUCUUCAUGGUGGGGGCGGGGAUAUCCACUUCUUGUGGGAUUCCUGACUUUCGGUCUCCAGGGACUGGCCUGUACCACAACUUGGCCCGGUUGAACUUGCCGUACCCUGAAGCCGUGUUUGAUGUAGACUUCUUCCAGUCGGAUCCCUUGCCCUUUUACACACUGGCCAAAGAGCUGUAUCCGGGGACUUUUAAGCCUUCUAAGUUUCACCACCUCUUGAGGUUGUUUCAGGACAAAAACCUCCUGAGGAGAGUAUAUACUCAAAAUAUAGACACCCUAGAAAGACAAGCCGGCGUUGCAAAUGAUCUGAUCAUCGAAGCUCAUGGCAGUUUUGCCCACUGUCAUUGCAUCGGGUGUGGCAAGAUUUACCCUCCGCAGGGUUUCAAGUCCAAGUUGAGUGAGGAUCCUAUCAGAAAUUUUGCCAGAUGCGAGGUGUGCAACGAACUGAUAAAGCCGGCAAUUGUCUUUUUUGGCGAAGAUCUACCGGAUUCCUUCUCGAAAACUUGGUCAAGCGACUCCGAAUGGCUUCGUGGAAAACUCAGAACAUCUGAAAAACACCAGCAGCCUCUUGUCAUCGUCGUUGGCACUUCACUAGCCGUGUAUCCCUUUGCGUCUCUGCCUGAGGAAGUUCCCCGAAAGGUGAAAAGAGUUUUAUGUAAUUUGGAGACGGUGGGGGAUUUCAAGAGUAACAAGAGGUCUACGGAUUUGAUAGUUAACCAAUAUUCCGAUGCGUUCGCGGAGCAACUUGUCGAAGAACUAGGUUGGAAGAAAGAUUUAGAAAAGAUACUCAAGGCUCAGACAGCGGCCACGGAAAACCCCACAGAACAACUGCUUGAAGUUGUGCAUGAUCUGGAAAAGUUGAGUUUGGAUCGGCCUGAACAUGAAGCUGUAGACAAGAAAGAUAAGAGGCCGCUGCAUGAUAAUAAUAAUAAUCAUGACAAUGAUGGAGACGGAAAGGAAGUAGACAAGUCCUCCACGCAAAAUAAUGGCAAUGCAUAA